AAUGCUGCGUCUACUUAUAAGAUGUCUAUGGAAGCAGCAUGUUCAACAAGACGGAAGCAGUAUGUUCAACAACACAAGGGCGCCAUGUUCAAACUGCUUAUUCACAGCAGCUGUUGACGUUUUGGAUUUUUUUUUUUGGCAAUGCCAAACAAACUGAAACGAACUAAAAGGAGUCUCCGGAAUAGUUUGUGUGGUCAUGAAGAGCGAACUGAAAGAGUCGAGCCUAUUUCGUUAGUUUUAGUCGGCGCGACAUCGGUUAAUAGUGUAUUAGCAUGUCCGUCAAAGGAAGAAGCAUACUUGACCGAACGUGACAGGAGCACCAACGACGAGGUUAAAGUCGCAACAACGUUAGUCAGUAACAGUGAUGGACGUCCUCCUCACAGUGAAGAUGUUACAGGAGUGAGGCAGAAAUUAGCAUGUUUACCUUCAUCAUCUCUGCACAGUUGUUUGAAGGACAUCCAAGCGUCCAGCCCCACAUUCCCGGUGCAGACUGUGUUCGCAACCCUGCAGAGGAAAGCCAGGGAGAGGCUAGAAGAUUAUGGACGAACAGAUGAGAAGAGGAAACAAGAGUUGGAGAGCUGUGAGAAGGCCUCCAAACGCCUGAGAUCUAAGAACGUGACUGCCGUAGGAAGUUGCGUUGCCAUGGAGACGACUGAGCCCAGAGUGAGCAGACUGAGUCGCACUCGGAAACUCAAGCAGCAGGUUGUCGCCGAACAUAAACCAAGUCACGCAGAAAUUAACCAACCAAGGGAUGUCAACCAAAACGAUACUGGCUGUGACAAUGUGCUGUGGACGGACAAGUACAGUCCUCAGUGUGCUGCUCAACUGAUUGGGAAUUCUCUCCAAGUAAACAAGUUGCACAGUUGGUUGAAAAAAUGGAAACAACGAGCUGACUGCGAUGAGAGGAGGCCGGCAGAACAAAUCAAACCCAACAUAAAGAGCGGCGGGACUGUUUCCACUGAAGGAACGGUAAAACUGGAGUCCCAUUUUAGCCAUUCAUGGGAUUGCGGUGACUUCCAGGGUGAGGCUGGCUCAGAUGAGCCUAUGCCGUGUAACACUAUGCUCAUAACCGGGCCUUCAGGCAGUGGCAAGACUGCGUCCGUGUACGCUUGCGCUCGGGAGCUUGGCUUUAAGGUGUUUGAGGUGAAUUCGUCCUCGCAGCGCUGCGGCCGUCAGAUUCUGUGUCAACUGAAGGAGGUGACUCAGUCGCACCUGGUGGAGACAGCUGGGAAGGACCUGCUGAAGCCAGCUUACUUUAACAACAGCGCCAAAGGAAGCAGCUCUCAAAGGGAAACUUUAGCAGGAAAACUGUCGGCUCCCAAAAAGGUGAGACAAAAGUGUGGACGGCUCAGACGUGCAAGAAAAGAAAGUCCAGCUGCAGUCUCUUUGAAAAACUUCUUUAAGAUGAAGGCCAAAGCAGAUCAGCUCUGUAGUUUGUCGCCGUCUGAGACACUAGAGGAUUCACCUUCAGGCUCUCAUCAAACAGCACAACAGAUCAAAAAAGGAGCCAUGUCGCUGAUUCUCUUCGAGGAGGUUGAUGUUGAAUUUGAAGAUGACGUCGGCUUCCUGGCAGCCAUCAAGAUGUUCAUGGCGACCACUAAAAGACCAGUGGUUCUUACAUCUAAUGAUCCGACUUUUCGAAAGAGAUUCAGCAGCAGCUUGGAAGAAGUCGUUUUCAAGACACCGUCCGCUGUGCACGUCUGCAGCUACCUCCAGCUGGUGUGCUUGGCUGAGGGCGUGAAAAUGGAAUUGGAUGAGGUGCAAAGCCUCCACAUGCUCGCCAGGGGCGACGUCAGGCGUUGUCUCCUCCAGCUGCAGUUCUGAGUGAACAGCGUUAAAGGCCUCCCGGAGGAACAUCCAUGCUGCACUAAUGUAGAGGGGGAACGCUGGAUUUACCGUAGUGCAGGCUGCACUGCCAGCAUGUUGGGUCUCCACCCUGUCAGACAUCUUCUGAACCCUCUAAAGGGUUCGUCAUUGACUGAAGCACACAUGAACAAGCUGACUGAAAGCUGGAGAAGAAAUGUACCUCUGCUCUACUCCAACCUGGAGCUGCUUGUGGCCAUCAGGGCCCCCAUAGGAACAGCUGUCCCCACAGCAACAGACGCCAAGCCACCUCGGUUUAAGAAAAGGAUGGUAACGGGCUCCAGUUUGACACACAAAGCGCAAAAAAAUUCCUCAUAUUUCAAGGCAACAGCACAUCAGAGAAGUGGACAAACUGCACCAAAAGCAGAAUUUCAAACUUUGAACUCUCUUGCUGAAUUAUUUGACCUCAUGUCAUACUUGGAUAACACAGUAGCAGCGGCAGCUCCACGCACAAGAGAGUUUGUUUGGACUGGAGCUGAUGUGAAAGAUGGCUCGUUGGAUGAAAUGAGCGAGAAUGAGGAGGGAUGGAGUCGGAGCCAGGAAAGGCUGCUGGAGAUUCGGUCAGUCGUGGAGUGUUUGGGGUGUCGGACUGAAGCUGGGACAUGCAGGCGGGAACAAGGUGACGUGAGUUGGAGCUUCACCAGUCGGCCUCUGUGUGACCCAGUUGUGUCCCAGAGGAGGUACAGGCUGAGCCGGGCAGUGCUGAACAGUCGCUUCUUCAGCCUGCAGGGGAACAGACAGGCGGUAUGCGUUGACUACAUGCCAGCCCUCCGCUCCAUCAGUCGCUCUUCAAGGCAACAAGAUGACGAACCAGUCAGGUGUUUGAACUACCUCUACAACUUACACCUGGGCCUCUCCAAGUCAACUUUACACCUCAUGGCAGAAAAUUUCUCCAGCAAAAGCCUGGCGAUCUAAUCAAACUACCUCACUAGUUAUAGUAUAUAGAAUAUUUAUUUUCUCUAAACAGUCUGAUUAAAUUAUGUGCAACCAUGAAAUGUAAAUAAAAAGUUUUAUUUCAA